UGUAUACAUGGAUGGAUGUCUGCGACAAGAGCUGUGUGCCACUUUCAAGUAAAACAUUACUGUAUGCAAUGAUUUCGGGGUGAGCCAAUGAGCCAUUAAUCUGCAUUUUGGGAUUUGAGCAAUAAUGGCGGUGAACUGGGCCGACAGGAUCUCCGCUUUCUCCGUCAGCCCGUCUCGCUUCCUCUCCGGGACAACCGCCGAGGCUUUCCUGGCAGAGCUGCUCCGUGAGCUGCGAGAUGACAGAGCCAGUUACAGUGUCAAGGUCCUCCUGUUGUCCCCACUAUGCGAGUACUCGACUCUGCUGUGUCCCUCAGACUCUGUGGGUGAGGAGACAGCCCUGGAGCUCAUGUCAGUAUUUGCCCAGUGUCCUCCCAAAUCCGCACAGUUUCGUUGUCACCUCCUCCUGGCCCUCUCCUCCGUGCUCGUCUGCACUUCCUGUGUGAGCAGCCGUUCCCGUGCAUCUCAAGAUUUCCUGGACCUGCUCCUUCAGAUAUCCCAGGACACUGGUGACCUCCAUGGUGAUGGCGCUCUUCAUUCUCUCCGGGUCACAGCUUGUGACUGUUUGCGUGAGCUGGAAGCCUGCUCUCCUGGUCUUCUCUCCCAGCAUGUCGAGCUCUUGAGUGGGCUCAGGCAGAGAGAAACCUUCAGGUUACACCAGGCCUUUGCGGGACUUCAUACUCUGGUGUUGAGAAAUGCUGUGUAUCAGCUCACCCAGGAGAAAGGAGCCGGUGCUGAGCAACUUAAAGCUCUUCUAGGAGGGAAUACAUCAGUUGCAUGGGAAGCAGCCCAGGACUCAGGCCUGAUGAAUAACAAAGACUCAGCCAUCCUGUCUUCUCUCAUCCUGGGGCCCAUGGGUUCAGUGCCCACCCUCCACACUGGGCCUGAUUGUAAGGAGUUGCGUUCAGUCCUGUCCUCCCUCCUCGAGGAGUCCUACCUCCUCACUCCUUUCUGUCAGGCUGCACUGCUACACAGACUGACAGAGGUGGUUGCCAUGGUGCCUGGUGUCCCUCCAGCCAUAUUUAGAGCUCAGCUGCUGCGACUGCUCGGCACGAGCAAGGUCUGUCUCCUCCACGCCACUCUGCUGAUGAAGUGUGCGUUCACAGACAGCCUGUUCAGCGCAGAGGAUGAAGCUUUCAUCCUCAAACGACUGGUCGUGCUCUCCCAGCAUCCCCUGCUGAGUACGCCCGAGAAGCUUUUCUACAUGGACUGUAUCCUGCACUUCCCUGAGAACCGUCCCAUCAACUGCGGCGACGGUGACGAGUCGCUCCCUGUGCUGAUGACUCCCCGGCUGGCCUCGGCUCUAGUGCCCACCGUGUUCAACGACAGCGCCACCAUGCUGGCCCGGCUCAACCUGCUGUGUCUGGUCUACCUGGAGGAGGGAGAGGAAGUGGAGGGGGAAGAAGGGGAGGAGGGCAGGGGGUUGGCCUACCUUUACGAACACCUCAGCUCGCUGCUGCACAUUGUGAAGAACGGAGGCAACAGAGAGAUCAUUGUGACCUUCUUCAGGGCCGCCUUCCUCUUCCUCUCGUACUUCUACCACAUGGAGCGCUACUCUAACAGCCUGACUGAGAAGCUGUGUGAGCUCUACCUCCACCACACCCACCUAGCCCCACACCUCAUCAGCCUGGCCGACCAGACUCAGGACCGGCUCUCUGAGUCUAACUGGGCCGUGGAGCUCCUCAGAGAGCUGCAGAGAGUCAUCACUAGUGCACCGCUUACCCAGCUCACCUUGCAAGACCUCGGCUGGCACCUCAAGAUGCUGGCACGCGUGGCAGAGGAAGGAAAAAUCCCCCAGCGCACCACCCUCAGCUUUCUGUCCGGCGUCAUCACUCCAUCGUCCUCCUCGCUGUGCGUGAGCGGCGACUGGCGCUUGGGGAACAGCAUUCUGGGAGUUUGCCGCCGCCUGCUCGUCCACCCCAGUCUGGACUCGCUGCUUAUCCCUCUGGCUGACGUCCUGCAGCAUCUUGCCUGCCGCUACGGAGACACAGACAUCCAGGACCAUGCCCGUCUUUACUACACCCUCCUCACCACGCUGUCCCGGGAGAAGCUGGCAGGGGUGUUGGCGCAGGGUGCGAUCGAGGGGGGGCGUCAGGUCAAGAAGCGAUCGCUGUCGAGCCUCAUGGCCGAGAGCGAGGGGCUGACGGGCGUGCUUACCAUUCACCAGAUGGAGAAAGCCAUAUUCAGUGUGGUUGAGGUGAAUUCAGAGCCACAGACAGAUAAAGAAAGUGUCCCAAACCAGAAUGAGACACAGAAAUGUCCAGAUGAUGUGAACACAACACUGGAAGUCUACCGGAGUCAGUUCAACAACCCUGCCUUCGCCUCAGAAAUCACCUUAAGCUACCAGCUGGUUCACACUGAGGCUCACGACUCGCGCUUCGAUCAGCUGUUCAGCAUCCGCCUGCACUUCAGCCUCACAGAUGACCACUACGAAGAGCUGAGCGACAUCAGUGUCCCCUGUCUCUUCAGAGAGCGACCGUCGCCGGUGGUGAAGCUGAGACUGAAGCCGAGGCGGCCACACCCCACCACCCUCCACGCCAGCGCCCUCUUGACCACCCAGGAUGGGCUCUCCUGGCACGCCAUCCUCCCGGACAUCCACGUGGCCUUCCAGCAGGCCUUCAUGCCUCUGCCUGCUCCGCCGGCCUGGGGACGAGGCGGCAAACUAAACCUGUUUGAGGGAUUAUGGGAUGAAUUCUGCUCAGAGAAUGAGGACUGCGCUACCAGCCUGUUCUGCUGCCAGCUGAAGGAGGCGGCUCUGAUUUCUUUGGUGGAGAAACACUUCCUCCCCUACCUCAUCUCAGACUUGUCCCAUAAAGAAGAGUUUAAAGUGCUUCUCUUCCUCCCUCCACAGUCUCACAUGCUGCUGAAAAUCAGGUCUGAGGAAGACGCCGUGCACUUCGACAUCGCCACAGACAACUGGCAGCUUUUGCCUCACCUGAGUUCUUAUCUACUGACACUUACAUCUUCACAGGAAGACACUCACAGCUGACUGUGAUGCAUCUCACUGGCUUGUUUUUAAAUUUAAAAAAAAAUAGCUGACUUUUAACAAAAUCACUUAACCUGUCAGCACUUUAAUACAUUCAAUUGUACUUAAAAUUAAAUAACCAAAGACAGUUGAUUUAAAA